AUGCGAGGAAGAGGAGAUCGAGAGGGAGGAGGAAAAACAUCCAUUCUCUCUUCUAUUCUCUCCUCCUCUUCUUCCUCCUCUCUCCCCCCCUCCUCUUCCUCUCAUAUCUUCCCCUACUCUUCCUCCCUUCUCUCUUCCUCUUCCCUUGCCCUCCCCUCUUUUUCCCUCCCUCUCCCCUCCUCUUCUCCCCUCCUCUUCUCCCCUCCUCUUCUCCCCUCCUCUUCUCCCGCCCUCUUCUCCUCUUCUCCCGCCCUCUUCUCCUCUUCUCCCGCCCUCUUCUCCUCUUCUUCCGCUCGCCCUCUUCUCCUCUUCUUCCGCCCUCUUCUCCUCUUCUCCCCGCCCUCUUCUCCUCUUCUCCCGCCCUCUUCUCCUCUUCUCCCGCCCUCUUCUCCUCUUCUCCCGCCCUCUUCUCCUCUUCUUCCGCCCUCUUCUCCUCUUCUUCCGCCCUCUUCUCCUCUUCUCCCGCCCUCUUCUCCUCUUCUUCCGCCCUCUUCUCCUCUUCUUCCGCCCUCCCCUCCUCUUCUCCCCCGCCCUCUUCUCCUCUUCUUCCUCCCCUCCUCUUCCCCUGCCCUCCCCUCCUCUUCCCCUGCCCUCUCCUCCUCUUCCCCCCUCCCCCCGCCCUCCCCUCCUCUUCCCCCGCCCUCCCCUUCUCUUCCCCCGCCCUCCCCUCCUCUUCCCCCGCCCUCCCCUUCUCUUCCCCCGCCCUCCCCUUCUCUUCCCCCGCCCUCCCCUUCUCUUCCUCCGCCCUCCCCUUCUCUUCCUCCCCCCUCCCCACCUCUACCAGUGCAAGCCUUCUUGUGCGGCUGCCUUAUCGCUCGCUCCUUCUCCCCCCUUGCCCCCCCCGUCCACUGCACUGCAGGUACCACAGUUCGUGGCGGGCAGAAGACUUGUCUGGAUUACCUGUGGCCUGCUGCAGUUGCCGAGAACGACCUCGCCUUCAACGUCAGCAAGUCAAAGUCGAUGCAGGCCUUCGUUGACGCGGUGAUCAUGUACGCUAAAUCGUACACCCUCCCCACCCCGUACAAGGUGUCCGGCCCGCUGCUCGACAAGCUGAAGGCGGACUCGGAGGACCUUGUGCGGCCGCUGAAGGAUAGCUGGAAGACAAGCGGGUGCACGCUCUCCAUCGAUGGGUGGACAUGCAUCAAAUCCCGCGUCGUGAUGGACAACGCUACGAACAACAAGAACGCCGCCAACAAGCUACGCGUGGAGUAUCCGCAUAUCUUCUUCACCAACUGCGCCGCCCACUGCCUAGAUCUCAUGUUGCACGACAUCGGCAACAUCCCUGCUGUAAAGCGCGUCCUUGCGCAGGUGCACAGUGUAGUGAUGAUGAUCAAAGGCUCCACGUCGGUCGUCGUGUUGUUCCGUGAGCUUUUUACCAAGCUCUCGUUGGUGCGGCCGGGUGCAACGAGAUUCGGCACCCAGGUCAUCAUGCUCGACAGGUUCCUGGAGGUGAAGCGCGCGUUAAGAGCGAUGGUAAUCAGCGAGGAGUGGGAGGGUGUGGCGGUGGCACGGACGGAGGAGGGGAUGGAGGUUAGGAAGCUGCUUUUGGAUGAUGUUUUUUGGGACUGUGGGACGUCCGUGCUGCGCCUCAUGACUCCGGUCUACGAGGUUCUUCGCGCCGUUGACACAUGGGCUCAAGUCAUGGGGCAGCUGUACGGCCUCAUGCUCGAGGCUACGGUGAAGACGACCAAAGCGGCCGAGGAGGCUGCGGACGGGUCUGCCAUCAAGUCGAUCAUAGCCAGGAGGUGGGACGCUCAACUGCACAACCCCCUGCACGCCAUCGGUUGGCUCCUCAACCCCCGUAACCAGUACAUCGAGGAGGUAAGGAACGAUCCCGAGAUUAGGAAGGGGAUGGAUGAGGUAAUCCAAGCCCGGGGAGGGGAUGUGCAGCAGCGCAUAACCCUAGCUGCACAGGCUCAGUUUCACCGAGGGGAGGGCAGGCUGGGCUCUCACGAUGCCCGUUGGGCAGCAACGACCUUGGUGGAGGCGGGGCACAUGACGGAUGCGGAAUGGUGGUUCCUGUUUGGUGGGGAUGUGCAGGCGCUCCAAGACCUGGCUGUGACGUCACUCUCACAGCCAGUCACCUCCUCCGAGGUGGAGCGCUAUUGGUCGGCGCUGGCACGUGUGCAGAGGCGCGACCGGAACCGCCUCACGGCGCAGAAGAUGACUGACGUCACCUUUGUCGCCUUCACCUGGCGGGCCCGUGAUGCCUAUGAUCGAAAGGCAGCCCUGCGUUCCAAGCUCUAUCAGGACCUGGGCAACGGCACCCUCAGGGAAGGGGCUGCCAUCAUCCCGGCCGAAGUACCCCAGUUUGUUGCGGACAGGUGGCACAAGGCGGGGGACAAGCCUGCCGGGGAGGCAGCAGCGGGAGGAGGUACGGCGCAGGGCGCCCCCGCCACGCCUCCCCCACCAGGGGGAGGGGCGGGGGCGGGGGGAGUGGGCGUGGUGGGGCGCGUGCGCAUGGCGUUUGACCCGCGCGCUCGACCCCAGGGCGGACAGGCUGCCACCCAGUUCAUGAUGCGCCUGGAGGUGCCAGAGGGGGCGGCAGCAGAGCUCCCAAUCGAGUACAACCUUGCGUUCACGCCCGACCACGUGCCCAUGCACGUCUUCUCCGAGUCUGUCAGUGGCCGCAUUGCUUUGGAGGGCAAGGUGGAGCACAAGUUUGACAUGCAGCCGCCCAGUGGGGACCGGGGGUACCGGCAGAUGCUGCAGACGCGGGAGAAGAAAUGGAACACACCCAAGCGCACGCUUCAGAAAUGGGACCCAUCAGGUGCUGCUGGUCCCCGUCUGCCCAUGCCUGGCACCGUCACCAACGUCAAGCGCAAGGCAGGCACCACACCGGCGUGGCAGCAGGCGGCAGCAGCAAGGGCAGCGGAUAAGGACAACAAGCGAGUGCGCAUGUCGCGAGAUGUGGUGGAGGCGAAGCUGUUUGCGCUCUUUGAGGAGCGCCCGCACUGGACGCUGAAACACCUGACGGAUGCCACUCAGCAGCCACAGCAGGUAGGGGAACUAAGGUGCGCAGUGGGUGUGGUGGAGGCAAUGCUGCAUCCUUUCUUUGAGGAGUGCUUGCACUGGACGCUCAAGGACCUCACGGAUGCCACACAGCAGCCGUAG